AUGCAGUCAUUUUUUGUGACAGACUCCGAGAAAAAUUUCAUUGCACCCAACAAUUCGAAGCCUAAAUUGCUAGCAGUUGAUUCCUUAUUCCCGCUAUUCUCUCAAUUUGGACAAGGAUACUUUUCUACGGAUUUUUUCAAUAAAGCAUUGGUAUCUGUCUAUUUUCUACGUGGUGGUAACAUCAAGGGAGAUGUCAUAAAGAAAGUGCUUUCGUAUGCCGAAAACAUUGGUCAGUUCACUCUGAAGGAGGACGCUGGAAGUGAACGUCCAAAAUCUAUCGACCCUGGGUCUAUUGUGCGCCUGGCGUACAUCUGCGGCCAGGAGAAACGAGGCCCACUUCUUUCAUCCCUUCAAACUUUGAAGAUAGAUGGCGCUACGACGACUCUAUGUCAAUUGCCCUUGUUCCUCACACCGUCUCUCAGAUCGGUGGAGAUAUCGAAUGUUCAAAAGCCCUUUCACGAAAAUAUCUUGGUUUUCUUAUCAUCUCUGGCGGAUGAAGCCCCCUUGUUAACUCACUUAUCCUUUGGGUCUGGAUGUACACCCGCUGAUUGGUUGCCAACUUGGUUUAAAUUUGGAAAACUUCGGCAUUUAGACAUCACUGACUGCAUGGACCUACAAUCCUGUGAUGUACUACAAACUUUGGGAACCCUGAUGGAACUUGAAUCAUUAAAGCUGGAUGUUAAAUGGAGCACACAGUACGUGGGCAGGUCAGAUCGACGGAUGAACCCAGCGAUAUUCGGGGGCGACAUGAAAAAAGACGAUGCCGCAAGCACUACAUCAAAACCGGGCUUCCUUACUUCAUGGUUCAUAAAUCUGAAAACCCUUAGUGUCACUUCACAGCUAAAGAUUAUGGACGAUCUACUCAGUCUCAUCGACUCUAAAAAUAUGCAAAGCAUUUCUCUUGACCUUAUUCCUGAACAAGGUUCCCUCGCUGAUAAAGUCAUAUCGUCUCUGGAGUUAUUCAAGCAGAGCACCGGGAAGUGGGCAAACACCCUUGUCAAUAUUUCUCUCCAAUUGCCUGAAGAGAAGAAGAAGACUGCAGCGGCUGCAGCAUUCCCAAAGCUUUCAAGUGAAGAUCUCGAAAUAUUGCUAAAGCCUCAAAAUCUGGAGAAAUUGGAUAUAUCUGGUAUCGGCUUGAACUUCACGCCGUUCGAUUCGUUAUCCUCUAAGAAAUUAACCAAGCUCAAGGAGCUCCACCUUCCUCUCCACAAAGGUUCUUCGUACCUCACGUUUGAAUCGUUGCGUCGGGUUGCAGAGACGUUCCCUAGGCUCAUCUCUUUCCGCUGCGGAAUCGACCUAUGUAGUCAUGUUCCUCAAUACUCAAACACCUCGGCAGGCAACAGUAAUCUGUUGGCUCAUCCGUUAGAAAUCCUGCACGUCGGCAAAUCUAACGCCGUUAGCAACGCCUUCGCGAUGGAGGAACAAAGACUUCUCGAUAUCGCACGUCAUCUUAACAUACUUUUCCCCAAUCUUAAACGCAUUGAAGUUUCCAAGGAUGAGAGCGAUUUUUGCCGUUGGGAAUCCAUUGAUCGUAUGGUUAAACUAUGCCAAAGUACUAGAUUGGACGAAACGUGCCGCCCUCCAUCUUCUCAGUUCUGUACCAUCUAA